GUGAGGAUGAAAUUGGGUAAAAUUUUAAUUGUUGUUCUUCUGGAGAGACAAACCGACAAAGGUGCAAUAUAAAACUAUUUUCUAGUAGCUUCUUGGCUAAACAGCGAAGUAAAUAUGUCUAUACAAUGGACAUUGGCAGCUGGAUUUCUCUACGCAGAAAUGGCGUUUUUAUUUUUGUUGUGUUUACCGAUUAUUUCGUCUGCAAGGUGGGUAUACAAAUUGAGCGAAUUAAAAUACUUUUCCACGUUUUUAUGGACUUUGUGCUGUCUCUUUUGAUUUAGAUGGAGCCAAAUUUUUAACUCGAACUUUCUUUCAACGUGCCUCACCUAUAGUCGUCUCUAUUUUAAUGUUUUUUUCGUUGCAUUGUUGAUCUUGUUUUUGGGUAAGUAAUAUAAAUAUAAUUCAGUAAACUUAGGCUAAAACGCCUAAAAGCACGAAUAUAAAGCAAAAUAAUUGCUCAUCAAUCGUUUGUAUUGAAACUACUUUUAAUAAGCCGACAGUAGUCCUUGACAAGCUAAAUAAAAUAUGAACUAAAAAGCUCUAAAAAUGUUUACAAUUGCUCAUGUAUUUUACAAGUUCCUUUCAUGAACUUGUAAAUUUUGUGACUUUUAGAGCACAAUUAUUUUGUUUGGAUCAAAAGCUAUUUUGAACAUCUUUGUAAAGUUGGCACCGAACAUCUGCUCAAUAUCGAAUAGUAUGAGAAAAUGUAAAUUUGGUUUUACCUGUUGAGAAUUUGUAACCCCCAGCUGAGGAUUUUGUUUUGGAAAAGUGUACAACCUUUUAUGUAAAAUAUCUUUGAAAAUGCAAAUGAAAAUAGAAGUGAAACUGUCACUUCCAAGGAAGCAUAUGCCUUUUCAGGAUUGGUGACGGCAUCUUGCCAAGCAGGGCAAACACAAUAGAGCAACAAAUACCACAGAAUAGAGACCACACAGAAGUCUGACUUGUCAGUGCCUAUGAUUUUGUCAUAACUGUUGCAAUGGCCUGUCGCCUUGUUCCUAGCCUGUGCAUUUACAAGAGGCAUUCACCCCCCCUGAAGAUAUUCAAAAUGGUGAAUGUUUAGGGGGUGAAUGCCUCUUGUACAUGCACUGCCUAGGAACAUGGCAAGUGUAUUUUGAUGACGAAUCAUGGUGUGGCGGCAGUUACACCUUUUUUGAUGAGUCGGUCUUCUGUGACAAUACAACAUUCCCAUGUUGACGUGACAAUGUUUACUUUUACCACACAAUGCAUGAUGGUGUCCCAAACUUCAAUUUUUCUCACUCUGUUAACUGCUGAUAGUAUGAUAGUGCUUCAUGAGAUCUACCAACCAUACACAUAUUUUAACUGUUCGUACAAACAGUUUUAUAACUUCCGUCUCAUUUAGACUCGAUGAGAGAGACAUACAAAUUUCGAGAGGAUGAGUGGGCAAAAGCAGAUCCUUCAAUUGAUCCACGAACAUCAAUGCAGUUCAAGAUGAGGCUUUUCAGAGCACAGCGCAAUUAUUAUAUCACUGGUUUUGCUCUAUUUUUGCUUUUGUAAGUCAUAGGAACAAUUAGAACAUAUUUGUAUCUUUAAACUCAGAAUAAUGCUGUCCCCCCUCCCCCCAAAUAUCUACCAACCUCCCCCCCCCAGACUCCCUUUUGAGUUUGGCUGCAUUGAUAUGUUAGUCCAUUCCAAAAUUAUAAUUCAGCUUGGGUGUUCAUAUACUUUUGGUUAGAUUGUUUUAUUAUUUUCAGAGGUUUGUCCUAGUAACGCAAACAAUACACCCUUUCGAUAAUUACGUCACACAUACUUUUUGGUCUUGUAGCCCUUGCUCUCAUUAGUAAAUUAUGCAAGGUGAUUGGCUCACAAUUCAUGAGAGCGAGGCUCCCAGGCCAAAUGACGGAAUUAUUGGAAGGAUGUAUUAAGUAGAGUCAGUGGUAAUUUUAGAGUAUUUUCCAAUGUAGUGUUGUGCGACGAGUGGUCAUGCUUCAUCAAAACCUUGCAAAGGCUCUGGCGUCAAGCGAGGCUGCUGUGAAACAAGCCAAGGGCGUCAGUGACCAUUGUGAACAAUUGAUGGAGGAAAUUGAGGAACUCAAGGUACACUUGUGGAUAAAUAAUGGAUAACUGUCAUUGACCCUGAAACUAAAACUAGACAAUUAACAAUAAUUUAUAUUAUCAAAAUAGCUAUGUCAGCUCUAAACUGUUCUUCCUUAGUAAGGGUCAUCCCUUACUGGUUUUACACUAGGUAAAUUUGUUUGUGCAAAGUAACUUUUUUAUUUGUCAGCAUUGCUUAUCAUGUCAGCAAAAGUGUUACCAACAAAGGAAAAAGUCAAUUCACAUGAACAAAUUCACCUAGUGGAAAACCGGCUUUAUUGUUCCACUAUUGCAUUGGGAGGAAAGUAAACUAAGUGUUUUUUUUUGCCGGCUGAGGAACAAAAGAGGCAGAACAUUUUUUCUUACACACUGCUGGAGGGGGGGGGGGGACUGGGUAGGCCUCGAAUUUCCCUGAAAUCAUUCCACAGCAUUUUUCAAAUUACUGUAAUAAAACUUUGAUUUUAUUGUUACUUUGGAUUUUUGACAAGCUAGAAACGUGUCUACGUAUUUCUUUAAUAUUUUUUUUUUGAAGAAAACCGAGACUAAAAUAGUGAUUUACGCAUGAUUUGAUCAACAUCUGAAUUCAAGUAUCAAAAUAGUAUGCACAGUGAAUAGUAUAAAAAUAAACUAUACGGCAAAAAAUUUCAGUCGUUGCCGCAAUAAUCCAUGGCAUUUUGUUCUCCCUCUACGGCAAUCGCCACGAUAAAAUUCGAGGACUGGGUCCAGGGUGUGGUCAAGGUCAUCAUCUGGAGUCACUUGCCUCAUGCUAGCCUUGACCUGUGUUGAAGUGACUGUAUAUGAAUUGUUUUCAUAGAAAUCAAAGGGAAUCAAAGAUGAGAAAACUUCUGAGAAAGACGAUGAUCAUGUUCAAGAUUUGUUAGAGAAGAAGAAUAAGGAGCUUGCCGAACGAGAGAAAGGUAAAAAGAACAAGUGGAAGUCCACACUUGUCUCGAUUUAGACCUAGGAAACAUUUUUCAGAAAUAUCUGAAAAUGUUUCCAUGAAUGUUCUGCCAGUUAGAAAUUAAGAAUUUUGUCCAGAAAAUGUUUUCUAAGAAUUUUUUCAUGCUAGUUUUCACCACUGAUCAGUGGUUUUCACCAACCAAUUUCAAAUUCAAAUUUUACUUACAAAUUUGACCUUUCUAAUAUAAUUUUAGUUUUGUUUUGUUUUGCAAUGUUAUUUUGGACUGUUUAUUUUUUUAGUGUAUUUUGCUGCCGAGAAAUAUAUAAGACCAGUUGUUUGGCAGGGAAUUCCAACUGUUUAAAACUGAUUUGCAGAUUUUGCUGUGAAAUUGUAGGCUUCCUACAAUUCCUGUCCAGCAAAUCCAGAAACCUAUUUAGUAUUUAGUUUCUUACAUUUUUGUUAUGAGUUGUGUUAGUUGACGCUUAGUGCAUUUUUGUUUCGAUAGAGUUGCAAAAUACUCAAAAAGAUCUUGAACAGAUGAAAAAGCAAGCUGAAGGAGUGAGCAAAGAAUAUGAUCGAUUGCUUGCUGAACACGAUAAACUUCAGGUGAAUACUCUACUUUUACUCUUUCAUCUCUAUGCUACCGUGUAUGCUGUAAUUGACUGUUACACCCUUCAGGAAAGUACUCAGUCAUGGCUAUAGGAGCCUCAUUUUCAUGCUUGAGAUAUUGGGUUUAAAGCCCUUUACCUUAUUACAAGUGAGACAUUUACAACACCAUACAGUUAUAUCAGUGAAUAUAAAGACCUGUUUAUAAUUUUGUAAUCGAUAACAAGAUAAAUGCACUGAAACCAUUGUCUGAAACACAGAAACGUGGCUCGAUAGUCAUGGCUGGCUAAGUACUUUCGUCUGGAAGUGUGUAUUGUCUCUCAUGCCCAUUUGCCUGUUAAGUUUUUGCUAGUACCCUUGAGAAUCAUACCUACUGAAGCAAAUCAUUUUAAUAAAUUUAAUACUGUAUGAGAUAUUUCUAAUUGUGUAGGAUGAAAUUACGCCGAAAACAGACACAGACAAGAAAGUUGAGUAACAGUUGCGAUGGAACAGUUUAAAUUUGACAUGGUAGAUAGUAAGUGGAACUUCUUCAAUUGAAUUUGCUUGGGAAAAAUAAGGAAACUAGCGCAGGAAGGCUUCAAAUUAUAUUUUACUUACGAUAUUGAUCAAAUUUUAGUUGAAUACAUAUGUUCUGGGUAUUACAGUAGCUGUCUGUCGUAAACGUUAAUCUUAAAGUUUGUAUUAUUUUACAAUUUACAAGGGGAGAGCUAGUGGUGGCACUCAAUGCCAUUGGGUUAAGUUCAUUGAUACUGUAGAUGCACAGUUAAAAGUUAAAAAGCCAGUCAUAGACAAAGACAUUUGGCCAUUUUUCAUUGUACAGUAAUAGUCAAUUUUAUUGGAGAAAAUGCGUGAAGUUAUGUAGGACUGAGCCAAGUCAAACAACUACAGAAAUUCAUGGCUCAUCACUUCUUCAUUUCGUUUUUCUCAUGCAGAUAUUUUACAGGGAUACUUUCAAAUAUUUUUUAUUGUCUCAGGC